AUGCCUGACACAGUCCAAGGCGCCCAACCGCAUCAAGCCGGACAGGCGAGAUUCGUUGAUCGAAUCAAAGCGGCGGCACAGAAGAAGACGGCAACAGUUCGAGAAUGGUAUGACAGACGUGGUUCAGGGUGCUUCAGGUCCAUGGCUGAGAGUGAGUCAGAAGAUUCUGCUGCUCCGGUUGAAGAGUUCCUGGCUAACACUGCCGGUCCAGAAUUUCGUGGAUCGAAACGACGCCAGCCAGACACACGCAGCGAUUCUGUGUUGAAGACAACAGAACGCCAACACGAGCAUCCUGAAGCCUUGGUCCAUAUUCCAUCCGGGACCGGCGAGCAUCCUGAAGUUUCGAUCGAUAAUCCAUACAGGGCCGGAUCGCUCAGCAGUUUUUCAACCACGCUAGACAUGCACCCCGGAGCGGCUUCAUCCACCGUUUCACUCCUCUCAACUUUCUCGAUGGGUCCGGUGAUGGUUCCUGAACUCGGAGCAUAUGCAUCCUUUUCUCAUCCGAACCCUCACUUCGUCAUUGAUAGGCCAGAUGACUUUGAACGUUUCCGUUCGGAUUUGCGAAAUGCAGUCGAGCUAGAUUCUGUCCCUGCAUCGCCUGCGAAGCCGCAACCGAGGAUAAAAUGCUUCAACAUCGACUCUACACCGAUCCCUGCUGAUGAGGAGAGGCAUGGCUACAAGUUCAAGGCAUAUCCUGGCAGGCUAGACACUGACAACCAGGGCACCGCCACGUUUCAAGCGUACUCGGCCGGAUCGAAGCUAAAGCAUGGGAGCGUCGGUUACAUCCCACCUACUUUGCAAUCUGGGUUUGUCCAUGGCGUCCCGCCAGUUCUUCGAGCAACGCACAACGGGAACGACUCAGCUCGACAUCAGAACACUACAAAUGGCGUGGCUACCGGUCAUACAAGUCAGAGCUAUUCGUGGCCACUGGUGGAUUUGCACAAGGAAAUCUUUCUGAAUGCUGAUCCGUCACAAACAAAUCACUCUACACGGUACCAGGAGCCACGGAUUCCUUCCAUUGAAUUCACUGGUCGCGGACUGGAGGACGAAAUGAAAACGGUGCUCGACAACCUCCGCAUACCGGUGGUUACGAGGGCAGCUGAAGACGUGCAAGAUCGAGCAUGGAUGUCACCUGGUUCACCAUUGCACCCAACGGCUUACGAAAGGGAAGCGCGUUGUCCGGUUGUGACUGUGCAAGCCGGAGUGCAUCCGAGAGUUCUCGCCGCCGCGGGAACAUCGCACAAGCACGAGGCCUCGACCGGCUCGGGUCCUCUUCCGUCGACCGAGGACCGCCGGGUCAAGUUCAGCGAGUACAACUGGCCCCGGUUCAGCGAUGACCAGUUCACGGAUCCGGCCGAGGAGUACUCGCGCGAGUACCGGCGCCGAAGGCGGGAAGCGCGAAUACAGACCACCAGACGAGCGCUUUGA